AUGGCUCCCACCGCUCUCGAACGCGAGGACCACUCUCGUGAUGCCGACUUCAAUCGCGCCCUUCAUGGCAAGUCCGCCCAGUCCAAGGGUGGUUUCGCCGCCAUGCGUGGCAAGGAUGCCGCCGCCCAGAAGGCUGCCGUCGACGAGUACUUCAAGCACUGGGACAACAAGGAUGCUGAGACGGAGACCGAGGAGGUUCGCGCUGCUCGUCGUGCCGAGUAUGCGACUCUGACCCGACACUACUACAACCUGGCCACCGACUUCUACGAGUACGGAUGGGGUACCUCGUUCCACUUCUGCCGUUUCGCCCCCGGAGAGCCUUUCUACCAGGCCAUUGCCCGUCACGAACACUACCUGGCGCACUCGAUGGGAAUCAAGCCCGGUAUGAAGGUGCUGGAUGUCGGCUGCGGUGUGGGUGGACCCGCUCGCGAGAUUGUCAAGUUCACCGAUGCCAACGUCGUCGGUCUGAACAACAACGACUACCAGAUUGAGCGUGCGACGCGGUACGCCGAGCGCGAGGGUCUGAGCGACAAGCUCAGCUUCGUCAAGGGCGACUUCAUGCAGAUGCGCUUCCCCGACAACUCCUUCGACGCCGUGUACGCCAUCGAGGCUACGGUGCACGCUCCGGAGCUCGAGGGUGUCUACAAGGAGAUCUUCCGUGUGCUCAAGCCUGGUGGUGUCUUUGGAGUGUACGAGUGGCUGAUGACGGAUGAGUACGACAACGACAACCCGGAGCACCGCAAGAUCCGUCUCGGUAUCGAGCAGGGUGACGGUAUCUCCAACAUGGUGCGCGUGUCGGAGGGUCUGGAGGCCAUCAAGAACGCUGGGUUCGUCCUCGAGCACCACGAGGAUCUGGCGGACCGCCCCGAUUCCAUCCCCUGGUACUACCCCCUGGCCGGAUCUUUCAAGCACAUGUCGUCUCCAUGGGACUUCUUCACGAUUGCGCGCAUGACGUGGUGGGGCCGUGGCAUUGCGCACCGGUUCGUGGGAGCCAUGGAGACCAUCGGUCUCUUCCCGCGGGGAUCGCAGAAGACGGCCGACAGCCUGGCCCUAGCGGGAGACUGCCUGGUGGCGGGUGGUGAGAAGAAGCUGUUCACGCCGAUGUACCUGAUGGUGGGACGCAAGCCGGAGUAA